AUCUAUAGGUAACACGCGUAGGACGGUAACGUGGCGUCGUAUAAACACUAACUGAUACCUUUCUUUGAGUACGGUACGGACGGCACGUGCGAUGUUAUUGCCCCAGGGAACUAUUAUGUCGCUAAAAUAAUGCCGCCCACAGCUAUAAACGGGGUACUUGUGUAAGUAUGCCAACUUUCAUGAGAAUUACUGAGAAAUUGUAUGUCGUGUUACAUUUUGCGAUUAAAAUUUGAAUUGUAGAAAAUGUGGAACUACUUUAGAAACUCCUGGAUAUUCUGGAUAAAGUAUCAAUUUGAAAUGGUCUCUUACUCUACUUAAUAUGUCUGAGUGCAAGAAAACUGCCUCGGAAAUACAUAAAUGGAUUGUUAACUUGCUAUAACAAAUAAGUUUGUGUGUUCGGUUAUCUCUUUCUGACAUGCCAUUUUGCUCCGGACGUUAUGGAAAGGAGGCGCUUCGCGAGCCUAGCGAUGCGGCGGCGGGCAGCGUAGCGCACGGCCACGUUUCAUUAGAAAGCUAAUCAGCAUUGAGCAUAAGGAGCGGCUGCGGCUCCUACGCCGGUUUCGGCUGCAUGUUCCAUUCACCUUAUUCGCCGUCGAGGUUCACUGACUCCGCCGACCGACUUACUGGACUCGACACGUCAUCCGCGUGCUAAUGCCGCCUGCCGCCGUUUCAUCACAGUCGCGAGCCUCUUUAAAUUCUGUAGGUGUCCCGCGGUCGCGCCGACCUCGUUUCGCGGCACCCGCGCCUCGCCCGCGCCGUGCAGCGUUAUGUAAAGUGCAGAGCGGUGCAGCGAGCGUUGCGACCGCGUGCGCCCCCCGCGCCUCGCGAUUCUGCCUCGCGUUUUCACUCGCGACGGCGCGGAGCGCGGGGCCCGGAGGUCGUCCUCCCUCCCUCCGAGACGGAGAUGGCCGGCGGAACGCGGCGAGCGAUCAGUCGUCGACCGAAUCGCGUCGGCGCCGCUCGGCUAGCACCCGCCGCUCUCCACACCCGGCCCGCCGCGGCGUGCGGACACCUCGCGUAUCGCGCAGAGUUUAUUUGUGAUAGCUAUGCAUUUGAAGAGACUUUAAACAAUUCUUAGUAAACAGUGAUACGGACAAUAGGCUUCUAUUGAAAUUAUUAAAAUGAAUGUUUGGACGAGAGUGUUAUGACCAUGGAGACUUUAGCGUGUACAGUAGCUAGUUAGUGUAUGUAUCGUCUUA